AUGUCCCUCACACUGUCUGAGGAGCAAUUUCGAUGCAGCAUCUGUCUGGACAUCUUCAAAAACCCAGUCUCCAUCCCAUGUGGCCACAACUUCUGCUUUGGAUGCAUCAAACGCUUCUGGGCUACCAGACAUAGGUCUGAGUGUCCACUCUGCAAGGAGGCUUUCAGAAACUGUCCAGAGCUCCGGAUCAACUUCAUGUUAAAAGAAAUCACCGAAGAAUUCAAGAAGUCAGUUGUAGUUAACAUUUUUCAAUCUAGACUCUUCUACCCAAUCCCGAAAAAGCCAUCCUUGUCCAAUGAAGUUCCCUGUGACAUCUGCCAGGACAACCAGGUAAUGGCGGUCAAGUCGUGCCUCGUCUGCAGGAAGUCUUACUGUGAAGUUCACCUGAUGCCUCAUUUGAGGGAUCAAGUGAUGUUGAAGCACACACUGACAGAUCCGGCCACCUUCAUCAUGACUCACCUCUGCAAAAAUCACAACAUGCUCCUGGAAAUGUUCUGCGAGAGCGAGCAGGUGCCUGUGUGCAUGAAGUGUACAGAGAGGGAGCACAGACACCACAAGAUCGUUUCUCUGGAGAAGGAGACGAGGAAGAUCAGGUCUCAAAUGAGGAACAUCAACGCGGAGUUUGAACAAGAGAUCCACGCCAGACUCAGAAAGUUUGACGAGAUCAAGGCUUCAAUGGACUUGGGCAAGGUAAAUAAAGAGAGAGAGAUACAGAAGAGUGUUCAGGUUGCAACCAUGGCGAUGAGCGCCAUAGAAACAAACCAGGCUAUGCUCACCAAGCGCAUCGAGGAGAAGCAGAAAGCAAGUGAGAGAUCAGCAGAGGGGUUUCUCAAAGAGCUGGAGCAGGAGAUCAAUGAGCUGCAGAUUAGAUGCACUGAGCUGCAGCAGCUGGAGCACACGGAGGAGCCUCUUCAUCUUAUACAGAGUUUCUCAUCACUGACCACUCCAAUGGGAAAAAGGGAUUGGUCAGGGGUCAGACUCCACUCAGAAGAUUAUCUUGGGAUAGUUCGGACAGCUUUCUCCAAGCUGGUGGAGGUCUGCCAUGAACUGGAAAAGAAGCUGUCUGCAGACGAAGUCAACCAGCUCACUCUAUAUGCAGUUGAUAUAACUCUGGAUCCUGCAACUGCUGCCGGCUGGCUGAUUCUGACCCCCAAUGGAAAAAAGGUCAGCCUCGGCUGCCAGAAACUGUCCCUCCCAGACGAUCCUCGAAGGUUUGACUCGUGCGUCUCUGUUCUGGGAAAGCAGAGCUUCACCUCCGGAAGAAGCUACUGGGAGGUUCAGGUUGGUGAUAAAACCGACUGGGAUCUUGGCGUGGCGAAGGAGUCCAUCAACAGGAAGGGGGCCAUCACAGUGCGUCCCGACAGCGGUUACUGGGCGAUCUGUCGGAGGAAAGGCGGCAGUCUCAGCGCCUGCGCCGGCCCCUCCGUCACCCUCCACCUCCAGGAACUCCCUAACAAAGUGGGCGUGUUCCUGGACUACGACGCAGGGUCUGUGUCCUUCUACGACGCUGAAGCAAAGACUCACAUCUACACCUACAGCGGAUGUUCCUUCUCUGAGCCUGUCUACCCAUAUUUAAACCCCUGUCUCCAUGAUAAUGGCAAAAACACUGCCCCGCUGGUUAUCUGUCCAGUGGAGGUUGAGUUCCCUGAUGGGGCCGCAAUAUUUUAA